AUGUCGGCGCGCGGGCCGGGCGGCGCUGUGAUGCUGCAGCCGAGGCCGCUGCUGGUGGGGCAGUUGCCUCUGGCGCAGCACGGCGGCAUGGUGGCGCAGAGGCCGAUGGGGUACCCGCAGGGGGGCAUGGUCCCUCACCAGGGCAGCGCUGCGGCUGGCGGGGCCGGCAUGCUGCAGCUGGCGGGGCCGGGCGGCGGGGUGGGGCCGGUGCAGGCGGCAGGCGGCCCGCCGCGAGGCGAGGGGCAUGGCGCCGCCCGUGAUGGGCUCGCCGCCGGGCGCCGCCCCCGGGUGCUGAUGCCGGGAGGAGGAUUCCCCUCCCCGCCCAGGCCAGGCUUCGGAGUGCCGCGCUGAGCCAACCACCUGCGGUGGCGGGGGAGGCGCGUCCACGGCCGUUGCGGACGCCGCCUAUUACCAACACUUUGGCGGUUGCUCCGGCUGUCCGGCUGGUGGUGCGGCUCAGCAGUCUCGUGUGUCCGACCGUACGCUGAACACGCGCGCAUUGCUCGCCCGUCGCCUGCCGCCGCCGCGGAGAGUUUUCGCUACACACUCUGUUGGUCGAGU